UACGGAUUGCGUCUUACGGACCCGCAAGAGCCAAGGACGCUCGCCUUUCCGGGUCGGGGAGGGGGAAGAAAAUCACUUCCGGUCGUGGUGUUACGUCACUUCCUCUCAAGCUUGGCGUUUGGUCGGCGGGGACCCACGCGGGUUCGACAUGCGUAUCGAGAAGUGUUAUUUCUGUUCGGGGCCAAUCUACCCUGGCCACGGCAUGAUGUUCGUUCGUAACGAUUGCAAGGUGUUCAGAUUUUGUAAAUCCAAAUGUCAUAAAAACUUUAAAAAGAAGCGCAAUCCUCGCAAGGUCAGGUGGACUAAAGCCUUCCGGAAAGCAGCUGGUAAAGAGCUUACAGUGGAUAAUUCAUUUGAAUUUGAAAAACGUAGAAAUGAACCUAUCAAAUACCAGAGAGAGCUAUGGAAUAAAACUAUUGAUGCAAUGAAGAGAGUUGAAGAGAUCAAACAGAAACGCCAAGCCAAAUUUAUAAUGAACAGAUUAAAGAAAAAUAAAGAGCUACAGAAAGUUCAGGACAUCAAAGAAGUCAAACAAAACAUCCAUCUUAUCCGAGCCCCUCUGGCAGGUAAAGGAAAGCAGCUGGAAGAGAAAAUGGUACAGCAGUUACAACAGGAUGUGGACAUGGAAGAUGUUUCUUAAAAAUCUCACUGUAACCAUUUCUAUAUAUGUACAUUUGACAGUGUCCUUUGGACACUAGAACUAGUGUCACUAGUGGAUACUUUGCUGUCUGCAAAACAUCAGAUAGUAUGGAUGUUGGAUUGCAUCUCAGUGUUAAACCUUCAUUGAUAGAUGUGCUUCAUGUAAAUUAUGAAAAUUCUCUUUGUAAAUAUAGAAAUGAAUUGUGGACAAAAUGGUCAUGCCAUUUGGAUAAUGGCACUAGACAGCAUUUAUAUAAUAACUUAGGACAAAAAUUCUGGCUAGUAUAUGUAAAAUGAAAUUUUCUUUGCAAUAAAAUUCUCUUUAUUGUUUUAGAAGGGGAGAUACAACAAGGAACUAACAAUUUGUGACUAUCAGCUUCAAAUAAUAUCUUUUAUUUUGAUCAGUAUUUCCUGUUUUGGGUUAUUAGCAUCUUACAAGAAGAGCAUAAUGGCCUCAUCUUGUGAAGCCUAAUCAUACUGAACUGGUCUGACCUGGUUUAACUAUGGAUGUUGAGGAUGAAAGCUGAAUAAUCUUUGCCUGAAAUGGCACUAUGUAAUUUCCACUUUGGAGAAUACUCAGUCCUAAGUUGUGAUUCCUGGUACAACAAGCUUUAUUUUUCUAGCCCAGCAGGGAUCUAAAAGCAGAGGAAUCCCAGUGCCUUUUAAAAUUUUUUUGGUGUGAUUUUCUGUAUAAAAGCUCCUAAUUGUUUUUGAAAAAUAGAGUUUAUGGGUAGAACAUCUGUCCAUUAAUUGCACAUAAAAUAAAACUAUUUUAAAAGUAA